UACCGCGGUAUCAAUCCGAUCCCAUGCCGCCAACAGCAAUGGCGCGCGUUUUUGCCUCAUUUUCUGUUUCGAUCAGCGUGUCGGAGUUUACAGUCUCUUUCUUGUCAUUCGAAAAAGCACUGGGAAGUGAGUCCAAGCCAAGGAGGAACUGAACAACAAAGACGUGCCGUUGCUAGCAACGGCGAGGGCAGUGCUCGGUGGUGGAGACACCUAGAAGGGAACGAUGGCUCGACGUGGCAAUCGCGACGAAAGCAUGGAAGACGAGCCUGAAGGCUCUAGUAGAAAGAAUCCGCGUAGGGGCACCAAACCAGUUGCCUAUACUGAAGAAAAGGCAGAGGUUGAUGAUCCCAUGGAUGUUGAUCCGGCAGACGAAGAAGCCUCAGAAGGGGACGCUGACGAUGAGUUGGAAAAUGCUGGGAGAAAGUCUAAGCCUCGAUCCAGGCGUUCCAAAGUUGCUGCUAGCAAAGAGAGCAUAGAUGAGCCUGAACGACGAAAGUCAUCACGGUCCACAAAAUUUAGGGAUUCCAUGAAGGAGCCAUCCGACAAGGCAUUUCAACUUGUUGCUACUAGUAGCAGCAAGAAACCCAACAAUCGGCGAAAGGGGAACACCUCAGACAUGGAACUGGACGACGACGACGAGGACAACAAACCCAUAAAGAAAACUCAGCGAAAAAGCAACAAACGUGGAAGCCAAAAACAGACCAAGAAGCAGCAAAAGAUGGCAAAAGAAACUUCCACAAAACACAAAUCUCCAGCACGUCGUCACAGACAAGCCCGGCCCACCAUUGGCCAUAACUCAUCUGCAGAUUCUGACUAUGAUCAAUCAGAUCAAUCUAUUGUCGACUCGGAAGUCACCGACGACGAGGAAAGUGAAGAAGAGCCCUUCAAGAUACAAAGAAUCCUAGCAUCCCGGACAGAGCCGAAGAAAGUUUGGACCAAGAUCUGCCAGACCAUGAACACCAGCGAGAUUGACUUUGGUAGUCGUUGGGUGCAAGAAGAAAUUGACAAUGAUGCUCAUGACGACGAUGACGAUUACGAAGAGCGCUUCCUAGUGAAGUGGGCUGACAUGAGUUACAUGCAUGUUUCCUGGGAGACCGAGAAAGACUUGACGGAGCAAGUUGAAGGAGCUAAGACCUACCUUUCAACAUUCUUUCGAAAAAGCCAUCAUGGGCUGUUGUUUGACUCCGAUGAACGUUGUGAUGGCGACUAUUUUGAUCCUGCAUGGACUCAGGUUGAUCGGGUAUUGGAAGUGCAGUUUCCAGAAGACUGCCCUUGCAAAGCUGUCAAAGACGAGGACAAAGUCACUAACGAAGAUCUCGGAAUCAUUCUUGACAAGGAGCACCCAGACUUUGAGGUUGGCCUUGGCCGCGAGUUUCUCAUUAAGUGGGGAAACGCCGCCUACUCUGAAGCAACUUAUGAAUACGAAAGGGAUCUCAUCUUGAAUGAGAUAGAUCACAAGGACCAACUGAAAGCAUUUCACAACCGACGCACAAAGCCAACGAAGGAUAAGGCCAAGAAGCUCCAGAAAGAGGGCGAGGCUGAAUUUCGACGCUUGUAUAAGUCCGUCUUUGGAGACAAGAGCGAUGCCCAGGUUGAGGGUGGUGUAGAGGAUUACCAGCGGUUGCUGCAGGAGCGCGUGUACAAGAAUGGUGGUCAGCUGAGGGACUAUCAGGCUGAAGGCGUUUCUUGGUUGAUGGCAAACUUUGUCAAUAAGCGCUCCUCCAUUCUCGCUGACGAAAUGGGACUUGGAAAGACCCUUCAAACCGCUUCGUUUGUCAAUCUCAUUGCAACCAGCUUAAACCGGAGAGGUCCCUUCCUUAUCGUUGCACCCUUGUCAACUCUUGCGCAUUGGCAACGUGAGUUCAUGGGUUGGACUGUUCUCAAUACAGUUGUGUAUCAUGGAUCUGCACAAGAUCGAAGGUACAUCCGAGAGUAUGAGAUUUCGCACGAGAACUUUAGGCCUACAGAUGGCGUCGGUUUCAACCAGAUGUACCUAAAGAAGUGUCUCCCAAAGAAGAACAAAAACUUUGUGGGGAACCCCUGGAUGGCUGAGGUGGUCAUCACAACUCCAGAGCUCAUCACGGCUGAUGAUUUCAUGGAGUUGACUGCGGUGCAAUGGGAAUGCUUGGUGGUUGACGAGGCUCAAAAAUUGAAGAAUCAUAGCUCAAAGCUGGCUACCAAUCUCAGAGAUCCCAAGUUUCACUUUGGCCACAAGCUCCUCCUGACUGGCACUCCAAUUCAGAAUACAAUGCAGGAGCUGUUUGCCCUCCUGAAUUUUGUUGACCAAGACCAAUUUCCGGAUUGUAAUGAUUUCAUGGAGAAGUAUGGAGACAUGAAGAGCAAGGACAACUUGGACAGUCUGCAUGAAGAAAUCCGGCCCUACAUCCUGCGGCGACUCAAGGAAGAUGUGGAGAAGAGCGUUCCACCUAAGGAAGAAACAGUCAUUGAAGUGGAACUAACUGUUACCCAAAAGCAAUACUAUAGGGCCUUGUAUGAAAGGAAUGUCAAGUUCUUACACAAGAACAAGAAGAAAGCCUUGGAUGGUCCCAGCCUCAACAAUCUUGGCAUGCAACUCAGGAAAUGCUGCAACCACCUCUAUCUUCUUAAUGGAAUCGAAGAAGAGUUGCGUGCCAAGCAGCGUAUGGAAGGCCAAGCUUUGUCUGAGGGGGACAUUUUGGUCAAGGCAUCGGGAAAGCUUGUGCUGCUUGACAAGUUGUUGCCUCGCUUGAAGGAGAAUGGGCACCGAAUCCUCAUCUUUUCCCAGUUCAAGAUCAUGUUGGAUGUUUUAGAAGAUUAUCUCAAUGCACGCACCUUGAAGUUUGAAAGGAUUGAUGGAUCCAUUACUGGCAAGAAACGACAACAAGCCAUUGACAGAUUCCAAGCUAAGGGUGCUGAAGGCAAAGAACUUCCUUUCAUCAUGCUUCUGUCCACUCGUGCUGGUGGUGUUGGGAUCAACCUCACCGCAGCUGACACCUGCAUCAUCUUUGAUUCUGAUUUCAACCCUCAAAAUGAUCUUCAGGCCCAAGCUCGCUGCCACAGGAUUGGGCAAACCAAAAGUGUAAAAGUGUACAGGUUGCUCAGCCGACAGACAUAUGAAAUGCAGAUGUUUCACAUGAGCUCCCUGAAGAUGGGGCUUGAUCAAGCUGUUCUCUCUGGGUUUGAAACAGGGUCUUCGGGGGAUGGCGCGUUGAGCAAGGACGAGGUGGAGCGCCUUCUGCGACAUGGUGCUUAUGGCAUCUUCAGCGAAGACAAAGAAGGCGCGGAAGCUGAGUCCAACAGCUUUGUGCAGCAGGACCUCGACACAAUUCUUGAACGGCGCGCAAGGACGGUGAUACACGAUAAUGUCGCAAGCAAGAACAACGCUGGUAGCACAUUCUCGAAGGCACGCUUUUCGGCGCCAAAAGGCAUCGAAGGGAAGAAGGGUUCGAACGAGGAAAUUUCAAUAGACGAUCCUCAGUUUUGGCAGAAAAUGGUCGGGGAGGGCCAAGAUGACGGAGAAGAAGAUGAUCUGACUGGGAAACGGCGAAAGAGGAACGUGACAAACUACUCGGAGGCGCAUUACGGCAAGAAGGUGGAGGCAUCUCUCAGAUUGAGCGAUGCCGAGGACGACGACGACGAUGAGGAGAGUGGCGACGAUGAGUCUUAUGGGAGCGAUGACGAAGGACAGAAACGUGAACGACAUCGAUGGGGUGGUUCUAGGCCGUCCGAUUGGAAGAAAGACGAGGCAAAGAAGCUUAUCGGUUUGUUGCAUGGACACGGAUAUGGCGCUCUUGGGUGGUCUCGGCUUGUGAACGAAUUAGGAGCAAAGAACCCUCAUAGUGAAAAAGAGGUCCAGCGAAUGUGUUGGUCGAUCCUCUUGACGGCACUGUGUGAGAUUGCAGACGAAGAUGCUGCUCAUAUCAAACGAAGAGCUGUUCGAGCUGCAGAGAAAAAGAGGGAUGCUCCUGACGGCUCAUCAGAGCAAGCACUGGGUGGCGUUCUUGCUGCCAGCAAGGGCGACUCUGCGUCAGAUCCAAACAACGAAGAGUCCGUACAAAAGUGCUUCGACAAGCUAUGGAUCGCAAAUGCUUCGUGGGCUGUCAUCGUGCUAAAAGAUGCAUUGGCAUUUGCGGCUUCCACUGAGCCACGCUCAGAUGAAGUCUUGUCUAGAACAGUUCAGACUACCGAGGCACCCGCCAAGAAAGACGAUAUUUCUGCCAAAUUCGCACAAAGCGUCUGGCCCUCUUUGAAGAGUCGAGGCUGGAAAGCUGAAAUAUUGACUGAUGGGGCGAAUGCUGGAAAGACCCAGUACAAGUAUGACGGCAAACAGUACUUAUCUCCGGAGUCAGUGCUUGGUGCUGUUGGGAAUAUUCAUCCUGAGCUGACCAAUCUGACCGAGAGUAUGCUGAGUGCUGCAGAGACCUCUCGACAGAAGUCGAAGGAAUCUGAAGCGAAGCUGCGAGAAAAGCACCUCGCUAUGAAAGCCGGAACCCUAGCUGUUAAGGACCUCACGGAUUUUCUCAGAAAGUACGCCCCUUUGCAACUAGUGUUCGAUCGAAAGAGUGCAAAGAAGCUCCACAUGUCUGCUCGAAAAAUGUUGCAUGCAUGUACAUUUUUGGAGACUGCAAAAGCUCUAGUGAAGCGCGCUGAGAGUGUCAAGGGUACCUCGGAAUUGAUAGAGACUCUGUCGGCUUCGCUCCAUGUUGAAAAACGCAUGUCGCUACCUCACCCUCUAUGGGAGUGCAAACACGAUGCAGUGUUGAUCCAUGCUGUCGCGAAGCAUGGCUGGAUUGACAACGAUUCUUCCUGUCGUAGGAUCACCCAGGAUUCUGCCAUCCGAUGGGGCUUUCCUUUCGAUUCAGCCACAUCGCCGAGUGACAACGAAGGAACCUCAGCCAAUUCCGUCCAUGAUUUCAUCAAGGGCUUGCGAGAAACGGCAGAGAGGGCUGCGUGUUUCUUCAAUGAUCAUCAUGAUAUCAUUGCAGAAGUAAAGGGUUUCAACCAGAACGUGGUCAUUCGUGCUUAUGCGUUGGUUCAUGAGAGCAGCGAAGAAACCCAGGCCGAGGAUGCGAGGCCUCAUUGGGUGGUUGACGAGGCUGCUUUGUUAGCGUCGACAGGAUUGCAGGCUGGCAAAACACAGGAAUAUGUGGAGCUACCAACGAAGAAAGAUCUUGCCAAGCGCGUGAAAAUGAUUUUGUCACGGAACGCCCCAAUGUCUUUUUCGAAUGUGGCUCCUGCUGCAUCUACCAACGAGGGCGCUGCUUGUGUCAUUGACCAGAGCGAUAGAUGCAACGUCUUCCUCGCAGAAGUCCUCAAAGCUGUUGUGAAAGCGCCUAUCCCAAAAUCUCCCAAAGCGAUCAAAACUCUCUGUGCUGUCGCAACGGAGGAGGCACUGAAGCGAAAGGAGUCAAUUCUGUCGUCACUUUCUCUUGGAAAGGAAAAUGAGAAGAAAAGGCAAGCAUCCGACGAGAUGAUGGAAACGAUGCAAAAGAUUGAGCUGUCGAAAAAGCACAUUCAUAAAUCUUCCAGACAAGCCAAGAAUGUCCUGAGAGUUUUGCUUUCUAUGGAGAUUAUUAAGUCCGCAAAAGAUCCUGAUUUUCCUGCUGAAGCGGCAACCAGAGGAGGGAGUUUGCAGAAGGGUGCUAAGGAGGACACGCCAAGCAGUAAGGGCAAGAAGGAAGACAGUGCAACUGGGGACCGUGUGUUGACGCGGGGAAUGGCACGAUGCUUCAAUAUGAACAGUGGUGGCCCUGGUGUGGUUUCACCCGAGGGAAACAAUGAUGAUCUUGAAUUGACCGCAAUGGAGACACUCAUCCUUACCUGUGUUUGUAGCAUUGGGAUACCGGUUUGGGCUGAAAACAUGUCUUCGCACUUUGCUGGCGAAGAGAGUAAGGAUCCCGUUGACCCAUCGACUCAAAACGAACUAACGCUCUUCUGGACUGGACUUGGAAAAGUCUUGAUAUCUGCUGCCAAAGAAUGGCACGAAGGUGCUGUUGCCAAAGUAGAAGCUUACCAAGCUGGGUAUGAUAGGUUUGAGGACAAAGAAGAAUCCACUGCCAAGAUGAAAGCGCGGCGCAAGUUGGCUACGGCCAUUCAAUUAGAAAGUGUGAAGGAGCUCGCACGAGCCCAAGCAAAGGAAUAUGCCGCCGACCCUCCAAUAUUUGCAAAGAAGACUGUAAUGCUGGUCGAGCGACUACGAAGGAAAAUGGGGCUACAAGUCGGUGGAAGCAAGAAGACGACCAACCAAGGUUUGGGGCCAAAGAUUUUUGACUAUAUUGAAGAGCAGCUUGGCCUCUGGGCCAAGAAUCUUGACAUUGUUGAUGAUCAUGACCGAACUUUGUCUUACACGGCGGCUGAUUUCUUCCACGACCUUCCGGAGGAGGAAAGAGACGAAUUGGAGGUGAUUACCUACCUCAACAAGCAAGACUGCAAAAUGCUCCUCAUCCAGAUCACUUUGCUAACUCGACUGAGGAGUUUGUUCAUCAAGCACCCGAAAGGCGAGUUGUCAACACGAAUAGCCACCGCGGCGAAGAAUUGUAAGGUUGGGGAUUCUUGGGACGAUCAACCUGCAUGGUGGGGGACCACGGACGACGGCCCUAUUCAUGACGUUCGCCUCCUGGAGGGUCUCGUGGAGUUUGGCUUUGGUGGUGUGUUGGAUAAUGCUCGCGGCUUUGGCCCUCCGAGCGAGACUCAGGCCCAACGUUCCUUGAGAGACAACGAGUUCACUUUGAACAAAGUUCAACAGCGGGCCAACCAGCUCACUCGGGAGUUGCACAAUCUGGAGCGAAGUGACGACGUUCUGCGCUUCUUGGAUAAACGACGGAGCAAAGCCGGUGGGAAAGCAACCGGCAACCCCAAAGCGGCCAAAAAGGGAGCCGCCCAAAAGGAUGACUCUGGUAAAGACAAGAAGAAACAAACUGCGCUUGAAUCGUUUUUCUCCAAGACGGCAGCUUCUAGUAAGGUGUCCAGUGUCGUUGUUGAGCUUUCCGAUGCCGAAGAUGCGACAAAGGAGGCAGUAGCUCGGGGCGUUCAUAUUGUUCCACUUGACAUGUCGCCCAAGGGGGACAGCAGAGGGAACAGGGCUGAUCCAGAUGGCUUUCGACUCAAGGACGGUGGCCAUGACGUGGUUCUUCUGCUUGGAGGCAAAAGAGAGGGUGAUGAAUCAAUGGAGUCCCCAUCUCCAGAAAAGAAACUUCGUAGUUCCUAAGACGCACAACUAGCUAGUAGGAGGAAUCAACCACGUUCGCCCGUCCACUUCAUAUUAUAUUAUACAUCCUUUUGGAUUGCAAAGCAGGCGGUUUAGUCAACUGACACCAUAAUGAAUCGAAUCUGUAAUGAACUUGCUUCUGUGUACUAGUACCUGGUAGCUCAUCUGUUGUUCGCCUCUCGCACCUCUUUGGAACUAUCCAAGUCAAGCCAUUAGACUACCAGCUAGUACUAGACUAGUAAUGGUAUGUAUAAUAGGCACCUGUUAGUCCUCG